AUGGUUGAACAUUAAUUUGCAUUCUAAAACAACAGUGCAGCGAAAAAUAAAAAAAAAUAAAGCUGCAGCUUCAAAUACAACAGGGGUGGUGGGUGCAGAUCGUCUCGUCUCCGGGAGGAUGUUGUGUGGUGCAGCAGGAUCCGGGACCUUUACCACAGUCGCGGUAGUGACCGUUAUUCUGCUGAAUCUUGUUGGUUUCACACAAGCGAAGAACUUUGAAGAUGUUCGCUGCAAAUGCAUCUGCCCUCCGUACAGGAACAUCACUGGCCACAUCUAUAACAGAAAUGUGUCCCAGAAGGAUUGUAACUGCCUCCAUGUAGUGGAGCCGAUGCCGGUGCCUGGGCACGAUGUGGAGGCGUACUGCCUGCUGUGUGAGUGCAAGUACGAGGAACGAAGCAGCAACACCAUCAAGGUAACAAUCAUCAUUUACCUGUCUGUUGUGGGAGCACUGCUGCUCUACAUGCUGUUUCUGCUACUGGUCGAUCCUCUUAUCCGCAAACACGAGCCCUACACCCAGCCACUGCACAAUGAGGAGGACUCUGAGGAGAUGCGUCCGCCGGUGGACAGCAGCCAGGCCAAAGGGAACACAGUGCUGGAGCGCGUCGAAGGAGCACAGCAGCGCUGGAAGAAACAGGUCCAGGAGCAACGCAAGACUGUGUUUGACCGCCACAAGUUGCUCAGCUAAACCCCUUUGACGAACCUCUACACGUGUUUAGAAUAGGUAACUUCAUCUGGCCCGGGGCACUGGCCCCAGCUGUACUGUUACUCACUCCACUGUCACUUUCCUCACCAAGAAACGCUUCAACACACUGAUCGAACAAGCAGAUAUUUUCUAUUUAUUAAAUGCAGCACUAAAGGCUAAGUUACAUUUUGCACACUCUUAACGACUACUAUAUGGAAUGUCUUGAUGGUAAGAACUUUUCUCGUCUGUGGAGCCAGACUCUGAAAAUAUUUUAAGCCUCUUCAUGGUACUUUUUAUCAGCUCUUUGCUAAUAUGAUAUUAUAUUAAGCAUUUUUUUCUUGUAGCAUAAAUUAUGACGUUACCUCUGAAUGGGUAAAGCUUUGUGUUUGUGAAUGAUCCGUUUUUUGCUAAUGAGGUAGAAAGCAUACUGUUUUAUUUCCAAGCAUUGUACAUUUUAUAAUUUGGUAAAAAUGAUAAGUUAUUUAUAUUGUAGCUCUUAUUUUGUAUCAUUUGCACUUUUAAUUUAG